AUGAGCUCCAAUGAACAAACAGAAGUCCUUCAGACUGGGAUGAGAAUCACGUGUUAUUGGCCUGACGAUGAUCAGUGGUACAAGGGAACUGUGGCGGAGAAAUUAGACGAUGAUCGAUUCAAGAUAUCGUAUGAUGAUGGCGAUGAAGGAGAAAUAAACGCCAAGGAGGACAAGUGGCGACGAUCAUUACAUAACUGCAUCAAGGAGAAUACACUAAUAGAUGAGAAAAAAGAGGCACUUAUCAAUAAACUUGAAGUGGGAUCAAGAAUUUCUGUUUAUUUCCCGUAUGAGAAGGAAUAUUAUGCUGGAUCCCUAACUAAGAAAAGGGAUGUAUCUGCACAAAAGGGUCGGCAUCGUAUCAAAUAUGACGACGGAGAUAUAGAAUGGACUGAUCUUCUUUUUCGCAAGUUCAAACGAAUUACAAAAAAGUCUGAGGGGCUCAAGGUUGGAUCGCGAGUAGCCGUCUACGAUGAGAAACGAAAGAAAAAUUAUCAUGCAACUGUAGUCAAGAUCAAGCCCGGUAGAGUGAGGCCACAUAAAGUCAAGUAUGAUAAGGAAAGCAGAGGGAAAGAGUGGCUCAAUCUACACAUUCAUCCAUUUUUGGAUGUUGUGGUGGAACGGCAAAAUGGAAUGAAACGAAAAGAAGAAAUUGUUUUUGAGGGAGAUCGCCCCAUCAAACGCAGAUUUCAUAAUAGUACUCAAUUGGAGCAGUUAAUGCAGCAUGAUAAUGAAACGGAACAAGAAUCUAUCCCUCAAGAGGCUGGCGCACAUUCCACUUCCCGUGUGGAGCGAGAAAUUCAGCAGGACAACGAGACGGAACCAGCUUCUGUCCCUGCUAGUGAGGAGCCUUGCGCACAUUGCAAGACAUGCACUGAUGCUCCCUAUGCAACGUCUUGUCACCAUAUUUUCUGUGAACUAUGCAUUGGUGAUCAUAUGCAUGGUCACGGAAAGUGCCCCUUGUGCAAGAUUCCCAUCAGGUCGGCACCUGUACCAUUUUCUCCAGAUCAUGAUUCCUUCAAAGCCAUUGAAGCAUUAUCAAGAAAGACAGCAGAAGUCGAAUUGGAAUUUUCAUCAGCUUCAGCGGCUUCAAUAAAAGUGCCUGGUUUCAAGGCUGCUCGUAUUAUCGAAGCUUGUCAAUCCAAACGAAGGGACGAUCGCGAGCACAGGGGCUACUACUGGCGAUUCAAAGGAUCCAAAGACCGAAUAUUACGUGUUGGAGAAGGGGUCAAGGAAGGAGUUCCAAUAGAGCAAGUCGAUCUUGAGACUGGUGAAAUUAUCAAGACUUUUUCUUCUGGCAGAAAAGCGCAUGAAGCAACUGGCAUCAGUCGGGUUGUGAUAAAGCGAGUUUUGGAGAGACGCGGUAAGGCAAAUGGUGGUGGCUUUUUUUGGAGAUACCAAGGAGAGACACAUGCGCCAUGGCCAGAUCCGGAACCAACAAAUCUGAAUCCAGUGGAACAGCUGGACCCCGAGAGUGGGGAGGUGUUGGCUUCUUUUAAAUCACUGGCUGCAGCAAAACGGGCAAUGGGUAUGCCUAUGAACCGUGGAUGCAUUCGAGAUGUCUGCAAUGGCGACGGGAGAGGAACCGCAAAUGGAUUCUUUUGGCGAUGGAAAGGCUCUACUUCUAUGUCACAUCAACUAAUGGGCGGAAGCAAGUUUUUGGAAAUUAGAAAAAAACGAGAUGGCAAAGUAUUGAAGGUUUUCAAGAAUUCGAAAGAAGCCCAAGCCUUCUUCGGGCAUCAGUCCUGCUGGAGUUCUAUUUGCCGAUACUGCCGUGAAGAGGGUUUCUACUUGGGGUAUUAUUGGCGAUAUCGUGUACUGAGAAAGCCCUUAAGCUCAGGCGAAGCAGUGGUUGGAAAGCGUCUUCGAAUCAAGCAAGGGGAUGGCAAGUGGCUUGAAGGCAAAAUCAAAAGUUUCCGUUCCGAUUCUGGCGAACACGAAAUUGAAUUUGAUUCCGGGAAAACUGAGCGACAUCGCCUUGAGCAUCUAGAAUAUGAAUGGAAGAAUGACCAAGGGCAGAAACCCAUAGAGCAGCUCGAUUUACAAACGGGACAGAUUCUGAACACCUUUGACUCCAUUUCGGAUGCAUCACGCGGUAUCGAAGAUGCCAGUGCCUCUCGGAUAACGGCAGUCUGCAAAGGCCGAUACAACUCCGCGCAUGGCUAUUUUUGGCGAUAUAAAGGGUCAACGGCACUGCCAAGAAAGAACAAAGGCCGUCGUAAGAUUGAUCAGCUCUGCUUGAAGACAGGACGAGUGAUUGCUACAUUUGAUACAAUAACGGAUGCCGGCAAAGCAGUUGGGAUUACCACUCCAGGAAUCAGUUAUUGUUGCAAUGGCCGAAACGGCAGUAAGUCUGCGGGGGGAUUUGGUUGGAAAUUUUCAACAGAAGAUGAGGAGCAAGGCCAUGAGGAGCAACGGUAG